UAGCAGAGCGUUCAGAAGCGUUGCGACGGACAGACGAUCCAUAUACACAUAUAUACAUACCUAUAUAUCAUAAAGAAAGUGUUUAAGGAAGUGAUACAAUGGCGGCUUGUAUGCUUAUGUUUUCGAAAAGCUCUUCUUUCUGCAUCUUCUUGUUGCUGAAUGUUAUCUGCGUGUGCAUACACAGUGCGGGCGCUCGUCCUCCCUGGCUUUCUCCUGCCAGUGGAGUGUUUACUGAGUCAGCUGAAUGUCAUACAGAUGAUGAACUCUUAGAUCUGUGCCAGAGAUGUGCCAAGCUGACUAAGUCCCGGCUCGCGUACCCUGCUUGCUGUUCCACAGACCUUGAGGCAAGGAAAUGGUGCUCGGAUUACGUUUACUUCGGCAGGGGACAGUACGAUUUUUAUACAAUUUGAUUGUAGUUUAGUAGAACUGGAGUUUACCCACAAAAUACCUGUUUGGAUGUAAAAAGGUUAUUACAUUCUAUGCUAAAAGGAUGCUAUUCGACGUUUAUGAAUUUGUAGUUAAAAAAAAUUACUUAAUAUCGAGAUUGUAUUAAGAUUAAGAAUUUUUGACUUUAUGUUGAAUAAGUCGUAACUUAGAUUGUUUUUACUUAUAUUUUUUGAUACUUUUAGUUAUAUAAGUAAAGAUAAAAAGGCUUUCAUUGUCGUAAGGGUGGAAUCCUCGCUAAUGUAACUCAAUUGUUAAUUCAGUUAUAAUCGUAACUAGUUAUUUGUUAUCUUUGAAA